AGUUAGAUGGUAUUUGAAAUUGGGACGUAUAAAAUAAUAUAUGCACCUAUAUCACUAAAUACUUCUAAAACUCUUAUAGUCCUGUCGGUUAGUUAAUAGAUCCAAGCCAAUGAAUUAGAAUAACGUUUAUCAACAUACUGAUAAACGUUACAUAGCCAUCAACUGAUAGAUAACUUUUAACGUAUUAUUUGCCAGCUUAUAAUGGUUUUAUGGCUGGCUUUCUAUAUCCUGUUCCGAUUGUUUAAUACUGUAAAAUUCGUGUCGGGUGGUGUCCGGAGUCUGUUACUGAUACACCAUGUGCCAUAUCCUAACUCCCCCUAUCAACUGACUAAUGAGGCAAGAACACAAAACUGAGUGGGGAAGUAUAUUGGGCUACAGAAUGAAAUGCAAAAAUACUCAAUCACAUAUAUACAACUCUAUUACUUGGGAAAUUAAUCUAUUUCUUAGCCAAUGAAAUUCACGUGCUCUAUAGGUCACUUUUGAUUAUCGUCCACUAGCCUUCUCAUUAGUCUACAUCUAAUUAGCUUACCAUAACAGUAAAUUAUAUAUUUUCGCGCUAAACAAAUUUGUAUUAAUCAGCUUUCAGAGAAACAAUUUACGAUAUAAGUUCCACUUUUCACGUAACUCGCUUAUCUGGAUAGCGGUGAGAUGUAAACAUAUAGCUUUUCUUUUUAAUUUAAUUGAUAUAUUGAUGACGCAUUAAAAUAGCUUCUUUUUUAUCAGAAGAUUAGUUUGACAUAUACCGGCAUCAUGGUUAAUGAACAAUUAGUAACAAAUAUACCUUUACCGAAUGCAGAAGAUCCAGAUUUGUUAGAUCCGAAUAGUGAUCCAGAGCAUCCUAAAGUGAUUGUAUUUGAAGAAGUGAAGGCCGCCAGUGAACUUAUAAAAGAUGGAAUAAUUUAUACACCGUGUAAAAAGUCUCAGUUGUCAUUGGAAUACAAUAUGGAUAUUUACUUUAAAAAGGAAUUUCUUCAAGUAACUGGGAGCUUUAAAGAAAGAGGAGCUCGCAAUGCACUACUUCAGUUGACGUCAGAAGAAGCUAAACGUGGUGUAAUUGCAUGUAGUGCUGGUAACCAUGCACUUGGUUUGGCAUAUCAUGGAAGUUUGUUAAAAAUACCAAUUACUAUUAUUAUGCCUGUAAACUCAAGUUUGAUGAAACAAGAACGUUGUAAGAAGUAUGGUGGACUCGUUUUACUGAAAGGUAAUAGUGUUUUUGAAAGUAAACUGUAUGCUUCAAAAAUAGCAAAGUUAAACAACUUAUUUUUAAUCAAUGGUUAUGAUCAUCCACAUAUUUUAUCUGGACAAGGUACCAUUGGUGUAGAAAUCUUAGAACAAGUUCCUGAUGUGGAUGCUAUUAUUGUACCAGUUGGUGGAGGUGGUUUAUUAGCUGGACUUUGUGUGGCAGUUAAAUCUAUUCGACCAGAAGUUAUGAUAGUUGGUGUAGAAUCUAAUCGUUGUCCUGGUUUUCAAGAAGCUAUGUUCGCUGGUAAACCAGUCUACACAGAAAAUCGUCAAUCAUCUGCAGAUGAUUACCCUGAACAAUGGCGCAACUAUUAUUCCGUUCUCACACCGCAUAUCAGACAAUGGAAUCCAUGGAAUUGUGGUUGUCAGUCACAAGCACAAGACGAAUGGAAAGUCGCAUCACAGUGACAAAAAAUUCAAGUGCUUCCAUCAGCAGUUUCACUUGGCGGUUGAGCGAAAUUGUAUAUGUUACACAGUCUGUUGUCGUGGGCAUCUUCGCUUAGCUGUUUCUGUGGUUGGUGUGAAUUCCUUUGAAACAGCUCAUAAAUUAGUUGAUAAAGUGGUAACUAUUGAUGAAACAUAUAUCUAUCGUGCAGUUGUUCGUUUAUUAGAAUUUGAGAAAUCUGUUGUAGAAUGUUCUGGGGCUACUUCAUUAGCUUUAAUUAUGGCAAAUGUUUUGCCUGAAUUAAUCGGAAAAAAAGUUGUAUGCAUUCUAAGUGGAGGAAAUAUUGAUAUCUCAUCACUAAGCCGUGUUAUUGACAAAGGAUUAGCACUUGAAGGUCGUCUCUGUCGAUUCAUAGUUGUUUUAAAUGAUCGACCUGAAAGUAUUUCAGAACUAUGUCUAAUUCUGAACGACAUCGGAGCUAACAUAAAAGACAUUAGUCACGAACGUAUUUGGUCAACAUCAGGUAUACUUCAAGUUCAGGUGAAAUGUACUUGUGAAAUACAGAAUGCUUCACGUAGAAUUGAUUUAGAGCAUGCAUUGAAAACAAAAUAUAAACAUGUUAUAUGGGCUGAGAAUGAUUUAAUGAUAACAUAUUAGUAUUUUCAUACUGAAAUUAACUAAUUACAACUAUGAAUGAAUGAUUGAAUUUCUUUUGGUAUAACAUUUAUAUACACUUACGCAUUCACAUAACCUCAGAUUUGUGCAUAAAAAUUUACUAGUGCUUGUAAAGUAAACAAUCAUAUUGAAUUAUUGUUAAUUUCUUUUUUAAAAUCAGAUUUAUUUGUCAUUUUAAUUAAGAUAACUUAUGAAUAGAAAAGGAUAACAUGGUUUUUCAACCAGUAGUUUUGCAUAAUAAAAUCCUUUUGAUAGACAAA